AUGGUUAAAGUGAUUUUUAUUGCUCUGUGCAGCGUUUGCUUGUUUCUGUUGAAACCAACGAUCUCGUUAAAAUGUAGAACAGGUGUCCAACAGACAGAUUCAUUCCGAAAGAUUGUACAAGUUUGCAAGAAACGAUCCACUGAUAAUAAUUAUAGCCACGAGUCCUCGUUGAGUGAAGACGAUAAUGAUGACUCUUCGGGUAUAAAUACAUUUGACACAAAGUUCUUCUUGAGUGGCGUCAACAAAUUCUACAACACCCAAUCUUGGGAGGACUCAAAUAACAAUCGGAAUCGGUGGAACGAUCAGAGAAAUGGUAAUGGUCAACGCUAUUCCUUCAAUUAUACAAACGGAAACAGGAGAAAUGCACGUUCCCCUAAUCAUAGUAGCAACAGAGAGAAACUUCUCUCUGGUAGCAAUAAUAAUCACAACUUUGAUUACUCUGAUGGAAUUGCCAGAUCAAGUUAUGAUCAAAUGUAUAACACCAAUUCUGAAAAUAGCAAGGAACGAGAACAAGCUGUAAGAUAUACAUGUUUCUUCAAUGAAUUAAAUAUAGUGGAUCAAAAGGGAUUUCCUAAUCAAGACUCGAUUAUUCAGUUUAUGACACAUAAUUUACAUAAUUCGGAGUUGCAGGACUUUAUAGUCGAAGCCAUUAUAGAAUGUUUUCAUUAUUUGGGUUUUGAUAUAAAGCAAGACAAGUGUUACUAUUCACAAAAUCUUCUAACUUGCCUGAACGAAAAAGGAAAGGAAGUAUGUUUGCACAAUUAAUUGAUAGAUAUAUUUAAAUUUGAUGAGUGCACACAACAAAAUUAAGGAUCACAAAAUAAAUUUAAAAAUAAAUAUAAGUUUAUA